GCAACGGAUGGCCGCGUCUUGGCCCACCAAAACCUGGCAAACUGGAGGCUGGGUUGCGGGUCUAGUAAACCAGCCUCCUGGCAAUUUCGUAUCUUAAAGAAUCUUGGGGCCCAAUUGGCAAUUAUCCAGGGCAACUUUCCCAAAUAGUAUUUCUGGCCCUGUCAAGAACUCCUCCCGGAAAUUCUUGAAGAUCCCCAGAUUCUCGAAGAUCUUUUCUACGGUUAUCCGUUGGGGUCUUAAGAUACAACUGCACAAUAUCCCGCUACUGCAGCCAUGAAUUCUCCUACUAGAGCUCGCGGACCCCGCGACUUGGAAGAUGCAGCUUUCCGUGCAAAACAGGCCCGCUUCGACAACCAUGAUGAUUUCUACAGUUUUCUGGAAAAUAACAGAGGACCUGGUGGGAUAAAUCCUGGAGCACAAAUGUCACCACAGCAGCAACAGCAACUACAGCAGCAGCAGCAACAACAACUACUCCUACAGCAGCAGCAACAACCACGUAGAAUGCCUGACGGUCAUCACAGUGGUCCGGAAGACCAGAGCCGGCCACCAGUUACCAACGUGUUUGUCCCUCAGCGGUCAGCAAGCAACAGGUCGCGCCCUCCAUCAUACAAUGGAAGCCGGUCUGAAGAGCUGCUUGUUGACAGAAAGGGCGACAGGGGCGACGAUGCCCACAAAUCUGCACGUCGGGAAGCCCGCCGCAGCGCUCGUCCUACCACUUCGGCAGGCCAGCUGAAGGACUCGCCUACCCAGACAGAGCGGGACUCUCCACAGCGACAGGAGGGCCGGCCUACGUCCUCGGGGUCCCUGACUCCCCAGAGUGCCGGCGCCGCCAUCCAGCGACUCAAGAGUCCCAGCGUCAUGAGCUGUGUGCUGCAGCCCCUGGAGAAGAAGGUCACCGAGUACAACGGGUUCAUGCGCCAGGAGCAGGACGAGAUGUCACGUCUCGACGCGGAGAUCCGCGCCUUGCAGGACCAGAGGGCCAAGGCAGAGAUGCGCUACGUCGAUGCCAAGAACAAGCACGAUGACUACCAUCGCCAGUAUCAGGACGUAGAGCGCGCGAUGCGUGGUGAGCCGCCAAUCCAUCGAGAAUUGCCGCAGCAGCCACAGCAGCAGCCACAACAACAGCAACAGCAGCAGCAACAGCAGCAGCAGCAGCAGCAGCAGCAGCAGCAACGACCUGGUAUGCAACGCCCCAUGAGUGUGAGAGAUGAUGAGGAUGAUUAUGACGAGGAGGAUUUUGAGCCGCCGCCAGUGCAGCGGCGGAUGAGCUCUCAGCAGUCAUUUGGGCGGGCAUCGCAGAAAGGUGGUUUCGGUGCUCGUUUUCGAAGCAGCAUCUUCGGCAGCCGUUAAGAGAAGUCCGCAGUAUGGCGAUGCGAACUUUUGGUUAUGAUGAGCACAUGUAACUUUUUUCUUCUUUUUUUUUUGACGACUUGUUUGACGACUUACGCAAGGAUUACAUAGACUAAUAUUGGGAUGGAAUGCAACGGAGACACGACAAUCAAAGAAUAAUACUGGAAUUGUACAUAGAUACCAGCAUGCAUGAAAUGCGGAAAAUGAUAUUUUACCGCUAGUUUGACACCUCCG